UUGACAAGACUGAAAAUCAGCGCCAAUCUUAGCCUCAGUCCCAGUCUGUCGACAGCGACGCAUGCGCUGCUUGUGGGGCCGGCGCCAAAAAUGAAAUUUGGCAAGACUUUUGAGACGCACCUGACCAUUGAAUGGCGACAGCAAUACCUGCGAUAUACGGACUUGAAAACAUUGAUCCGGCAAGGUGUGAACGGUGCUCCGUCGUCGGAUGUGGCAACGCCAACGGAACUUAACGCCUACUAUGCGGCCUUCGAGGAGCAGUUCUUCACGGAGUGCCAGCACGAGCUGACGCGGGUCAACAACUUCUUCCUGGAGAAGUUGGCGGAGGCACGACGCAAGCACGGCACACUGAAGCUUCAGCUGCUGGCCACCGUGCAGGCGCCGGGCCAUACCGCCAGCGCCUUCUCGAUGCAGUCUGGCAAUGCCAGUCGACCUGGCAAUGGCAAGCUGAUGACCCAGCGCCAAUUGCGUCACGCCUACAGCGAAUUCUACUUGACGCUGGUGCUGCUGCAGAACUUUCAGUCCUUGAAUGAGACCGGCUUCCGCAAGAUCUGCAAGAAGUAUGACAAGUAUCUGCAUUCGACGCGCGGUGCCGUUUGGAUGGAGCGGAAUGUGAGCCAUGCCGCCUUCACGAAUCCGCGCGCCCUCGAGCUUAUGAUCAUCGAGGUGGAGGAGCUCUACACCAACCAUUUGGCGGGGGGCGAUCGGGCCCGGGCCAUGAACAAGCUGCGUGUGCCGCCGCUGGGCGAACCGGCGCCGCCGCGAAUGGUUUUCCGCGCGGGUCUCGCCCUGGGCAUGUUCCUCAUGCUUGCCAUGACCACGUUGUUCAGCUACAUCCGGAGGCCGCCAGUAGCUGGCAAUGUUGAGGCGUUCAUGCGUCUCUAUCGUGGACCCUUCACGUGGGUAAUCUUUAACUUUUACAUGGCCGCCAAUGUGGCCGGGUGGCAGCGCUCGGGCGUCAAUCAUGUGCUCAUCUUUGAGAUUGAUCCGCGCAGUCAUCUGCAGCCGGCCACAUUCCUGGAGAUCGCCUGCACCUUUGGCAUGCUGUGGACGCUCUCGAUACUCGGUUUUCUAUUCCACGAUCUGAUCAGUGUGCCAGACCCGUUUGUGUUCCCGCUGGCGUUGACCCUAAUCAUGAUCACACUGCUCGUCAAUCCGCUGCCCAUAAUGAAUUGGCCGGCCCGUUGGUGGACGAUACGGCUGAUUGGACGCGUCAUCACCGCACCUUUGCAUUAUGUAGGCUUCGCCGACUUCUGGAUGGGCGAUCAGAUGAACUCGCUGGUGAUCUGCAUGGCUGACUACUACUAUAUCGUUAGGUUCUACGCAAUGUGCUGGCUGCGCUAUGCAAGCGUUGACUUCUGCUUUGAGGAGGAUAUGUUUGUGCCCAUCUCCCGUUGUUUGCCCGCCUGGUUUCGAUGCGCCCAAUGCCUGAGACGGUUCAGGGACAGUGGCUCCAAGUCUGUCAGCUAUUUGCUAAAUGUGGGCAAAUAUUCGACCACCUUCGUUGUGGUCUUCUUUGCGACAAUGCGUGGUCGCACGGAUGAUGACUAUGCGAAUACGUUUAGCAAUCCCUAUACCUGGUUAUUCAUAUUUAGCUACAUGGUGUCGACAGUCUAUUGCUAUCUGUGGGACGUCAUCAAGGAUUUCGGCAUCUUGAAGAUCUGGCGUGGAAGCGAGCAUCUGUUCCUGCGCGAGAAGCUCGUCUAUCCGACGGCCUUCUACUAUUUUGUGAUCAUCGAGAAUCUUAUUUUGCGCUGCUUCUGGGCCAUAGAAUUUGUGGUACUCUACCAUCAGCUGAUUACACCCUAUAAUAUCAAGACCUUUGCCAGCAUUUUAGAGAUCACGCGUCGGUUCAUCUGGAACUAUCUACGGCUGGAGCACGAGCAUCUGUACAAUUGUGGACACUUUCGUGCCACGCGAGAUAUUUAUUUGGCUGCACUGAACUCCAAGCAGGAGCGCAUGCUUGAGAACAUGAUGGGCGAGACGGAUGGACAGACGGCGACUGGCGGAAAGUCAGAGGAACGACGUCGCCUCGGCAAGGAGUACUUCUAGCGCUCUCUGUAUGUGCAUCUGUCUCUGGCACAGCUGCUCCUUUCUCCAUUCGGCAGUCGCCAUUCGCUAUUCGCCAUUCGCCAGUUGCCAUUUGCCAUUUGCCAUUCUCAACUGUUAAUGUUAAUGGCCCUCCAUCAGCGUCGUUGUCACUUAAGCCCCUUCCUUAAUUAAUUCAUUUGUGCAACAAGAACAACAACAACAACAAAAAGAAAAAAGAAUAAAACCUAACCGAGAGAAAGAGGAGCACGCUUAAUAUGCACAGACGUUCAUCGGACAUCGGACAUUGGACAUCGGAGUAAGCGGCGACACGCGCCAAACCGGUUCAACAGCUGCACCCAAAUGCAGCCUGUGGCAGGCAGGCAGCAGGCAGCAGGCUCCUACUUCGCCGUUCCCCUCCUAUAUCUCCAUCUCCGUUGCCAACUCUCUACAGCUCUAUUCAAGCACUACACAAUUGUCAUUGCCAACUGGCACUUGGACUUGGAGUCGCUGAUCAGCGUUGUUGAGCAGAUCUUUUAAUUACCGCCUGUUGUUGAGCAUUGAUUUUUGUUGUUGAUGUUGUUGUUGUAGUUGUUGU